UCUAAGCUCCGCCUCUGCUUCUUGGAAACACCCAGCCUGCAGCUUUCACACUGGGUGCAAACAGAGUACAGUGACUAAUCCAGGCGUGUUUCAACAGAUGGUUAGAUCUGGCCUAAUUCAGUCAUCGCAGUUGAAUGAGGUUGAGAGGAGAAGCCAUUGAGAUCCCUUUUCGGAGCUGUGUGGUCUCAGAGCUUGCUGGCAUUGUUAAGGGGUCCCUUUCUGAGCAGCCCUGUGUCCCAGAAAUGAGAGAAGACUGACUGAUAAAGGUGGACACGUACCUUCCAUGCCAAAUGACCUUACAGGAAGCGAGCAGAUUAGCAACACCAGUACUGCCCGAUCCCCUCUCAAGGUUCAAAAUAUAGAAGGUAAAGAACCAGCUGAAGAAGUUGAAAAUCCAAAGAUUGCAGAUGCCAGAAGUCUGAAAUAAUAAAGGAAAAUGCCGUACAGGUUCAGCAGGACAGAAAGUAGAUAAAGGAAAGACUUACUAGAAGGUCACAAGAACUCAAGCAAGACAAAAUGUCACAGUCAAGGCUUGCCCUUGGAUUGAUUGUGCUAGGUGUCACAGUUUUUAUGAGUCCUGGUUCGGCUCUCCUUUCUCAACGAUUGAAAGGUCGCUUUCAGCGAGACCGCAGGAAUAUCAGACCAAAUAUCAUCCUCAUUUACACAGAUGAUCAGGAUGUGGAACUUGGAUCUUUGGAAGUGAUGAACAAGACGAGACGGAUCAUGGAACAAGGAGGAGCUCAUUUUACAAAUGCUUUUGUGACAACACCCAUGUGCUGCCCUUCAAGAUCUUCCAUGUUGACGGGGAAAUAUGUCCAUAAUCACAACACUUACACAAACAAUGAGAACUGUUCCUCCUCCUCCUGGCAGUCUACACACGAACAGCGUACAUUUGCCGUGUAUCUGAACAGCACUGGUUAUAGGACAGCAUUCUUUGGAAAGUAUCUGAAUGAGUACAAUGGCAGCUACAUUCCACCUGGUUGGCGUGAGUGGGUUGGAUUAAUAAAGAACUCUCGGUUCUACAAUUAUACACUUAAUAGAAAUGGUGUAAAGGAAAAGCACGGAUUUGACUAUUCAAAGGAUUAUCUAACAGACUUGAUGACAAACGACAGCAUCAAUUACUUUAAAUUAUCCAAGAAGAUUUAUCCACAUAGGCCAGUUAUGCUGCUGAUCAGUCACGCAGCACCGCAUGGACCCGAGGACUCAGCUCCACAAUUCUCCAACCUCUUUCCAAAUGCUUCCCAGCAUAUCACCCCCAGCUAUAAUUAUGCUCCCAAUCCAGACAAGCAUUGGAUCAUGAGGUACACUGGCCCAAUGAAACCCAUUCACAUGGAGUUCACUAACAUGCUACAGAGGAAGAGACUGCAGACCUUGAUGUCUGUGGAUGAAUCAAUUGAAAAGCUCUAUAAUAUGCUUGUUGAAUUGGGUGAAGUAGACAACACCUACAUCAUUUACACAGCAGACCAUGGCUAUCACAUUGGACAGUUUGGCCUCGUGAAAGGAAAAUCCAUGCCGUAUGAGUUUGACAUUCGAGUGCCAUUUUUUAUGCGGGGACCAAAUGUGGAGCCAGGAUCAAUCAUUCCUCAACUCGUUUUAAACAUAGACCUUGCACCAACAAUUUUAGACAUUGCAGGCCUGGAUAUUCCAGCUGACAUGGAUGGCAAAUCCAUUCUGAAACUGCUGGACACUGAGAAACCUGUCAACAGGUUCAAUUCAAACAAGAAAACCAAGGUUUGGCGGGAUUCAUUUCUUGUGGAAAGAGGUAAACUACUCCACAAAAGAGACGAAACUAAAAACACUCAAGAAGAAAAUUUCCUACCCAAAUAUGAAAGAGUAAAAGAUCUUUGCCAGAAGGCAGAAUACCAGACACCUUGUGAGCAACUUGGUCAGAAAUGGCAGUGUGUAGAGGAUGUCACAGGAAAGCUUCGACUUCAUAAGUGCAAAAGAGUAGCUGUCGCUGCAACCACUGACAAGAAGGGAUCUGGCCGAUUCCAGUCCAAGUACUUUGACGCCGAUGGACGAGACUGCGAUUGUGAGCAAAACGGGUACAAAAUGAGCCCAGCUGUGCGACAGAAACAGAAACUUUUCUCCAAGCGAAAAUUUAAGCAAAGCUACAUACGAAAUAGGUCAAUCCGAUCAGUAUCCAUUGAACUUGAGGGAGAAGUUUAUGAUCUGGAUCUAGAUGAGGGAUUUGACCCAGUUGUGCCAAAGAACAUCACAAAGCGACAUGACGUGGCAGAUGAGGAAGAAGAGAACAUGGGUGAAAGCAGUGGCACUGGCAAUAGUAAUGAAUUAAUUGUACCUACUUCAAUUAAAGUUACACAUAAGUGCUUCAUAUUGGCCAAUGACACUGUUCAUUGUGAUGGCGAUCUGUACAAAUCACUUCAAGCAUGGAAGGAUCACAAAUUGCACAUCGACCAUGAGAUUGAAACCCUCCAAACCAAAAUAAAGAACUUACGAGAGGUCAGGGGUCACUUGAAAAAAAAGAGACCUGAAGAAUGUGACUGUUCAAGGAUGAGUUUUCCCUCUAAGCAUAAGGGAAUGAAAGGAAAGCUCAAGCACAAAGGAUCUAAUCAUCCCUUCAAGAAAGGAAGCCAGGAAAAAAGUGAGAAUGCCUGGAUGUUUAAGGAUGAAAGAAAAAGAAAGAAGAUACGAAAAAUGCUGAAGAGGCUGAGAAAUAAUGACACGUGCAGUAUGCCUGGCCUCACCUGUUUCACACAUGACAACCAGCAUUGGCAGUCACCCCCAUAUUGGACAUUGGGACCUUUCUGUGCAUGUACCAGUGCAAAUAACAACACUUACUGGUGUUUGAGGACAUUCAAUGAGACCCACAAUUUCCUGUUCUGUGAGUUUGCUACUGGUUUCCUGGAGUAUUUUGAUCUCAACACAGACCCUUACCAGCUGAUGAAUGCAGUGAACACAUUAGAUAGAGAUGUCUUGAACCAGCUGCAUGUGCAGCUAAUGGAAUUACGAACCUGUCGUGGUUUUAAGAAGUGUAACCCACGGACCAGGAAUAUGGACACAGGAGAAAAAGAUGAAGAAAAGUUUGAUCAAUACAGGCAAUAUCAGCGUCGGAAAUGGCCUAAAACGAAGAGACCAAACUCCAAGUCCCUAGGACAACUCUGGGAAGGAUGGGAAGGUUAGACUCCUGGACAAUGAUGACUUCAUCAGCAACAUCAACUGGUGACAACUUGAAAGACUGUACGUACAGGAUGGUUAUCCUGUAUGAUUGUGGACCGAAUUUCAUUUUUAGCCUUGAAGAUUGGAUAAACUAUGGGGCUGAUGUAGAUAGAAUGUUUGCACUGUUGGGGAAUUUUAAUAAAAACAAACUCUCAAGAGUCAAUUAUGUAAAUGAGCGUGGAGAGCCUCUUCCACUGGUUAUUAGCCUAUUUGCUCAAAGCAUUUCAUCAUAUGUUCACAAGCCAUCAUUUCAGAUACCAUACUCUUGAAAUACAGUAAACAAGUGAUUCUACAGUCGUGGAGGAGAGAGGCGAUUUAUUUUUUAUGGAACACUGGAAUUAUAGGAUACUUCCAUUACCAGUGCAAGUUGUAAUUUGUUGAUAAUGAAAUCAUGCAAGUUUCAGCCACUGCCAAUGGGUCUUAAAAAAAAUAGGUUAAUAACAAUUCAGGAGCAAAAAUCAGUGUCAAUGCAGGAAACAUAUAUGAAAAUGAAUUUUACAGUAUGAGGUGAAACAACUGAAGAAGAUCUUAUAGAAUGUGAGUUGGUUUGAACUGAAAGGAAGUGAUUUAAGCAAUGAUUUUAGCAAUUACCAGCAUAAUUCUGAGAAUUCUGCUUUGUUGCCAUGAUUGCAUGUUCAUUGAGUUUCAGCCCACUAUUUCUAUACACCUUUGAAAUACGUACGAUUAAGGAAGAGCAGCUUCUGUACAAUAAGUAAAGUUAUAUCUUGUAAAUAUUUACUGCAUUUAUAUCCAGCAAUGAAGUUCAUUCAAGUCGUUUAGAAUUUAAGUAAUACAAAUUGGAAUUUCCAGUUACGUGUAAUGUCAGGAAUUCAAUUAUAAUUGAAAAAUUGCUGUUUGAUAUAUCUACUUGUUAUUAAAUUUUAAAAUCUUGUUUCAUGUUGAAUUGUUAAGUUUCAUAAAUUCAGCUGCCUUGAUUUGGUUGAAUUUUGACUUUACAUUACUGAUGAAAUCAAAAUCUGGGAUUUUUUUUAAAAAAGGAAGGGGUUGAAAUUUGUACUUGGUCUCUGGCACUGAAUGCACAAUAUGGUUGCAACUGUGUGUUGUAUUACACAUCCAGAUUAGUUUCCAUUGGCUAUGAUGGAUUUCUAGCCUAAUGUUUUCAUUUAAAUAUGAAUAAUAAUGAAUCAUUUGCUAUGAAAUAAACCAUACACUAAGUAAUUUAACACAUGCUUGAUGUAUACAGAUUAAUCUAAUUUAGAAUAAAAAUUGGAUCAGUUAGAGAUUCCAAUCAUUCAGAACAUGGAAUGCCAGAUGAUCUAUAACUAGACAAAAAUAUGUGCAUAGAAAUAUACCUCCAGUCACCACGUUGCAUCCUAUCAGCAAUGUUGUCUACUCUGCCUCCAUAAUUCAGCUCUGAGGCAGAAUGGAAGACACUGCUACCACAAUAACAGCACAUUUACUGAUAGUGACCAGAGAUUAAUUUAUAGAUAACAAUCUAAAGAUGGAUAAAAUUAAUUAUGAUCUAGCAGACUAGGAUAAGUGAAAAUUUACAUUUAAAAAUGUUCUAAAUUGAAGCACAAAACAAAGCUGAUGUGUUUUACAAUUUGCCUACUUUUUCAAAUGAAAAUGUAUAAUUCUUUUCAAAGAACAUUUCUGAUACACACAAAGAGAAUUAUUAAACCAGUGAGUUAAUCAUUCCAGAAUGUAAAUAGUUACUUUUUUUAACUGUGUAUCUUGUUGGUAGAAUUGCAUUAAUUGCAACAUUGUUUAUAAAAUCAUUUGUCAUUGAAGUAUGUUACUUUUGGAAUAUAUAUAAAUGAAUGGUUGGUUCAAAAUCUAAUGAGUCAAUUGAAUAAUCCCUGCUCCAAACUGAAACACCUCCUUUGAAAUGAACAAGCAUCAAUGAAAAAGUCACCAUACUAAAUCUCUCUAACCCACAGUGCCUUUGUGUGCUGGUCCCUACAGGAACAGGAAUUAUUGCGAAAUUUACUCUAGCGUAUUCUGUAAACAUUUGCCAUUUAUAGACAAUAUGAUUUUGGGGCAACAUUGUUGUAUAAGAUGCAGUUGUAUAAACAAAUUGUUGUUAUUACAAGUGUUUGUCUGAGCUUGCGUGUUAAUGAUAUUUUAAUUCUUUCAGGUAUUUCAAACAAGAAUGGAAUAUCUGAUUUUGUAAUUGUAACUUUCUCACGUUAGUGUUGAAACAGUCUAUCACCUUAGCACUGAUGAAUCAACCUCUACUACAGACAUCAGUUACAAGACUAAAGACCUUUUUAAAAAUACUAUUAAAAUUUUACUGUGAUGUGUUAAAUAAGUGUCUGUCUAUAGCCUUUAUCAACAAGCCUAAAACCUUACUGAUUUUUUUUAAAAACAGUAUUGUGGCACAUUCUAUUUGCCCAGUCAGUGAAAUCAAACAGUAUUUAGCACAAUUAUGAGUAAGGAUAAGUUUCAGCGUCAAUUUGAAGAACAAAGCUAUUUUAUUAAUAUUCCCCUCCUCUGUUCAAUGUCCUUUUUGAAAUUAGCAUCUGAAUGCUAACCAUGUUAACCAUAUUCUAUGCAUCUUAUCUAUCUUUGAAAAUUGAUUUCCUGUGCAGUUAUCAUGCUAAUUAAAUUUCUUAAAGUAGAUUUAGAAGAAUGUAGAGAGUGACAGAAAACAUUCAGUACAUACCAUUCUAGAUGUAAUUGCAUCACUUUUCAUUAAAUCAGAAAGUAAUAUUUCUGCAGUACUUGAAGUUACAGAUGGAAAUAUUGCCUAUUAAACUCAAAUAGACAAAACCCUAUUUUAAGUUACAAAAUGAAGGAAAUGCUGGCACAUGACUUUGAAUAUCUGAUGUGCACCAUUGUCUACAUGUAGUGCCACUUAUACAUAGCAACUCUGAACACCAUUGAAUGAUAGAAAAUUUCAACUCCCAGGAUGGGUGUCCCAGAAAUAUGUUUGCAAAGUAGGCACUGCCAAAUAAGGCAAAUGCAAAGAAGUUAUGUGAAAAUUUGAAUUUACAGAAUGGACAUCAUUUACCACGUUUUAAUGAGAACUAAGAUUAUUUUCCAAGAAAUGCAAAGA